GUUUUAUGGCAACCUUGUGCCAGCUCAUUUGCACCAAGUUUACAUGAAACUUGACAGGCUCAAAAAUGAACUGGAAACUGAAUGUCCCAUCGACAAGGAAAAUAUUCCAGUGAUUCCAUUUCCUGGCCAGUCAAUAAUUUUUAAAGAGUCUGUGGUGGACACUUCAAGCUAUUCUGGUGUGCGUUCAGGAGAUCCUGCAAGGAAAGACAUGGCAGAAUUCAGUGAAGAAAAAAAACAAGCAGGAUUUAAACUAUUUCAAAAUGAGAGCAAGAUUAGAGAAAAACUUGGGUCUAAUUCAGAUAUGGAACUUACCAGUUCUUGUACAAAGAUUACUCUUAUGGGACGUGGUCUGCCUCAUCCUACAUCAGGG